CUGACUGGUUACACAGUUGCUCAGCUGACUGGUUACACAGUUACACAGCUGACUGGUUACACAGUUACACUGCUGACUGGUUACACAGUUGCUCAGCUGACUGGUUACACAGUUGCACAGCUGACUGGUUACACAGUUGCUCAGCUGACUGGUUACACAAUUGCUCAGCUGACUGGUUACACAGUUGCUCAGCUGACUGGUUACACAGUUGCUCAGCUGACUGGUUACACAGUUGCUCAGCUGACUGGUUACACAGUUGCACAGCUGACUGGUUACACAGUUGCUCAGCUGACUGGUUACACAGUUACACAGCUGACUGGUUACACAGUUACACAGCUGACUGGUUACACAGCUGACUGGUUACACAGUUACACAGCUGACUGGUUACACAGCUGA